UCCGCGUGCUCCCGCCACCCCCGCGGCCUCCGCCACCGCACCAAGCCGCCUGGCAGCCGCCGCCAAACUUUCCCCGGAGCCGGCGCGGGGUGGACGCCAUCGUUGAAGGCUGCCCUUGCGCCAAUGAGCCUUCUCAAUACCUCAACCUUCGAAGACAAGAUGUGUGAGGGGAACAGGACCGCCAUGGCCAGCCCUCAGUUGCUGCCCCUGGUGGUGGUUCUAAGUAGCAUCUCCCUGGUCACAGUGGGUCUCAACCUGCUGGUGCUCUAUGCUGUGCACAGUGAGCGUAAGCUGCACACCGUGGGCAACCUGUACAUUGUCAGCCUGUCGGUAGCAGACCUGAUCGUAGGUGCAGUCGUCAUGCCCAUGAACAUCCUUUAUCUCAUCAUGGCCAGGUGGUCCCUGGGCCGCCCCCUUUGCCUCUUUUGGCUCUCCAUGGAUUAUGUGGCCAGCACAGCAUCCAUCUUCAGUGUCUUCAUCCUUUGUAUUGAUCGAUACCGCUCCGUCCAGCAACCCCUCCGGUACCUGAGGUAUCGCACCAAGACCCGCGCAUCAGCCACCAUCCUGGGGGCCUGGUUUCUCUCCUUCCUGUGGGUUAUACCCAUUCUUGGCUGGCAUCACUUCACACCCUCACCCUCAGUGCUUCGGGAAGACAAGUGUGAGACAGACUUCUACAAUGUCACUUGGUUCAAGGUCAUGACCGCCAUCAUCAACUUCUACCUCCCCACUUUGCUCAUGCUGUGGUUCUACGUAAGGAUCUACAAGGCCGUGCGGCAACACUGCCAGCACCGCCAGCUCACCAAUGGCUCCCUCCCUUCCUUCCUAGAGAUCAAGUCGAAGUCAGAGGAUAUCAAGGAGGGUACCAAGAAACCUGGGAAAGAGUCUCCCUGGGGGGUCCUGAAAAGGCCAUCAAGAGACCCUAGUGGAGGCCUGGAUCAGAAAUCGACAUCCGAAGACCCCAAGAAGAUGAACUCUGCGACUGUCUUCAGUCAAGAGGAGGAUAGAGAAGCAGUCACGCGCCACUGUUUUCAUCUUGACAUCACACAGGCUAUGGCUGAAGGGGGUGGCAGGGGCUCAGAGACCAACGACCAGGCCCUGAGCCAGCUCAAAAUGGAUGAGCAGAACCUGAAUGCUUGCCGGCGGAUUAGUGAGACAUCAGAGGACCAGACCUUGGUGGAUCGACAGUCCUUCUCACGGACCACGGACUCUGACCCCAGCACAGAGCCAGGGCCGGGCAGAGACAAACUGAGAAGUGGAUCUAACAGCGGCCUAGAUUACAUCAAGAUCACCUGGAAGAGACUCCGCUCACAUUCCAGACAGUAUGUGUCUGGGCUGCACUUGAACCGAGAACGGAAGGCAGCCAAGCAGUUGGGUUUUAUCAUGGCGGCCUUCAUCCUUUGCUGGAUUCCCUACUUCAUCUUCUUCAUGGUCAUUGCCUUUUGCACAAGCUGCUGCAGUGAACCCGUGCACAUGUUCACCAUCUGGCUGGGCUACAUCAACUCCACGCUGAACCCCCUCAUCUACCCCCUGUGCAACGAGAACUUCAAGAAGACAUUCAAGAAAAUUCUGCACAUUCGCCCCUAAGGGCUCAGCAAGAGGAUGCCACGUAGUGGAUGGACAGCGUCUGAUGUCCAAGAAGGAACCAGAGGAAGAAAGCAUGGGCGUCACUAGGCCCCUGGGCGUUGGGGAAUAGAAUCUGAGAUCCUGGGCUGAGCAGUACGGAGGUGUUCCCAGGGACCAUCAGAAGAAGAGCAGAUGGCGGUGGUUGGCAGAAAGAUUGUACUUUGGGUAGAAAGCAGAGUAUUUGAAAGAAGAAACCUGGCAGAGUAUGCCUGAUCCUCAGGAACUGUGGAAGUCUCAGGUGCUCAUGGGAAGUCUGGCUCUCUGACCUUGAGUUCCUUAGUAACCAAAGCAGGAAUGUGUGGCUAGAGUUCUUCUGGAAGGUUAGCCUGGACUCUGAGACUUCCCACGCAAGAGCUAUGUGACUGCAGAGACAUACACACAGAUGCUGUCCCCUCCCAGGAGUCACCUGGAGAGGCAUGGCAGCUAUUCCAUGACAACACCACUUCUCAGAACACAGUCCUUCUGAGCCUCUCCUGUAGCUUUCUCCAGAGCUAUCUGCCCCACCCUGGAACCUGCCUUACCUGUGUCUCAGAGUUGCUAGGAAAUUAGACAGCUUGCAAGUCUGUCGUUCCCAACUCCUGAUUCCUUUUGGCUCUUAAAACAGUAGCAAAAACAGCAACAACAACACACAGUGUCAAAAACUGCCCUCGAAAAUCAGGAGGAGGGAGAAGUGGUUUUUGAAUGAUUGCAUCUUAAAAGCAAAGCAAAAGAAAGGCAGGAGAGCCUUGUUUCUUGGGAGCUCCACUAGGGGGCUCUCACGCAAAGCCCCAGAUGUGACAGAAAACAUGAGCAGGUCCUGCCUGCGGAGUGAUAAACUGAGAAACAGGCUUCUUGAAAUGGGUUGACACUGUGAGAACCUUAGGAUGAGAACGCUGUGUGGCCCCCAGCUCUUUGUCACCAGUUUUCUCCAAAAGGAAAAAAAAAAAAACGCAUCCUGUCAAGUACUCAUGGUGUUCCCCCAAAGAGGUGACAGUUUCCCAAGCAGCUAAAAUGGGACACGUCUGUGUCCACAGAGGGUGACCCUCGGAAGGGACAGUGUGCUUUCUAUCUGAGACCGUACGAUUUCUAGUCACACAUGCUAAGUGAAUCUUUUGAAGUCAUAGGAGCAUCCAGUUUUAUUUAUGCACCAGUCUGGCUGUGAUUUAUAUUGUAAAAUGUAAUGUUAAACCUCAGUGUGUGUUUUAAGUAGGAACCCCUGUAAAAGCUGGUCUUUUGUGUCCCUGUUUGCAUGGUCUGUCCAAGCGAGACACUUUUGCUUCUUUUAAACAGAACAGUUGGAAGAGUAGUAUGACAUGACUGCUCUGUGCCUACUUUUCUGAGUCCCACAGGCCGAGGGAACAGUGGAAAUGAAAGCCUGACGGAGGACUUCUGUCUGGUUUCUGCUCGUUUUGCAAAUGUCCUGCCAAAUGACUUCUAUUUUCAAGACUGUUCCCCUCUCACCUUGCCUUGCAUCCUGGAAUACUCCUCAUGCUCGGGCUCCGGGGAUCUUGGGGACUUUACUGCUGCUGCUCCAUUUCCAGAAGCUCAGAGAAGCCUGCGAGUGAGCGCCUCCCCAAGGUGCCUUGGGAUGGAAGGACACUUAGAAGGGUCUCUCUGAAGUGGCCGAGUGCCCUCACUCAUGAGGUGAACAGCACAGACAGCAGGUGCAGAGAUAUGGCUGUGCAGAGAAAAGAGCUUUACCUUGGAGUCUUGCAAGGACAAGAAGGGAUCAAUAAAUGCAAGUUGUCACCUAAAAAACAAGGUGCCUUUGAUAUGGGGCUCAGGGUUUCCCAUACUUAUGUGAUGACUUCUAUGCAAGAGGCUUUCACAUGAACCUUAAAAACAAAAGAGCCAGGCGGUGGUGGCGCACAUCUUUAAUCCCAGCACUCGGAGGCAGAGGCAGGCAGAUCUCUGUGAGUUCAAGGCCAGUCUGGUCUACAAGAGCUAGUUCCAGGACAGGCUCCAAAGCUAAAAAGAAACCCUGUCUCAAACAACAACAACAAAAAAAAAACAUAAAACAUUGGGGCUGGAAUGAUAGCUUAGUGGUUAAGAGCACUAACUAAUCAUCCAGAGGACCCAGGUUCAAUUCCUACCUCCUACGCAGUGAUUCACAGGCAUCUCUAACUCUAGUUCCAGGGAACUC